AAAAUACUGGCGUCCGCGUAGAGCCGUGAAAGCCGUCCGUGCCGACUUUAUUAUUAUUUAUUGCAGCCACCGUGCACACCUCAUCUUCUCUUCUUCCUCUCUUCCCUUCCAUUUUUUCUCUUCUCUUCCACCAAACCAAGUGCGGCCAGAGAAAUUUCUCCCAAAUUUCAGAUCAAAUCCUCGAAAUCUCCGACACCUAGCCCACCGGAGACUUCUCCCCAACAGUGUCGCGAUCCGUCUCGAUCCGGCAUGGAGCGCGUCUUCUCCGUGGAGGAGAUCCCCAACCCCUACUGGGUUCCGCCGCACCCUCAAUCGGCGGCCGCCGGCGCUGUUGCUGCACCAGCGGGGGAGGCGGCGGGGCUGAUGAACCGGUGCCCGUCGGAAUGGUACUUCCAGAAGUUCCUGGAGGAGGCCGUGCUCGACAGCCCGGUUCCCGUAGCCGGCGUCAGUAGGGGCAGCGUUGGAGCUGGAGUUGAGGCUGCGGAGAGGAAGACACCGGGGACCGCGGCGGCGGCGGCUGCCUCGAGCUCGGUUGUUGACCCCGUGGAGUACAACGCGAUGCUCAAGCAGAAGCUGGAGAAGGACCUCGCUGCCGUUGCCUUGUGGAGGGCUUCUGGUGCAGCACCUCCAGAUAAUUCUCCAGCUGGUUCAUCCUUGCCAAGUGUGGAUGUUCCACAUGCAGGCCCUCUUAAACCCAUGGGAGGUACUGGAAGUCUAGUUCAAAACAAGCUAGCUGGUGCUCCAGGCGGGGGAUCAAGUCCACAUGUAGUACAAAAUGCCGAUAUUCCUGUUAAGCAAACCACUAGCUCUUCCUCACGUGAGCAGUCAGACGAUGAUGAUAUGGAAGGAGAUGCUGAGACUACUGGAAACGGAAACCCUGUUCAACAAAGAUUACAGAGAAGGAAGCAAUCCAACCGAGAAUCAGCCAGGCGUUCGAGAAGCAGAAAGGCAGCUCACUUGAAUGAACUGGAGGCACAGGUAGCACAGUUAAGAGUUGAGAACUCUUCGCUGCUAAGGCGACUUGCUGACGUUAAUCAGAAGUUCAAUGAGGCUGCUGUUGACAAUAGGGUGCUAAAGGCAGAUGUCGAAACCUUAAGAGCAAAGGUGAAGAUGGCAGAGGACUCAGUGAAGCGGGUAACUGGCAUGAACACAUUGUUCCCUGCCGUGUCUGAUAUGUCGUCCCUCAGCAUGCCAUUCAAUGGCUCCCCAUCCGACUCCGCCUCUGAUGCCGCCGUACCCAUCCAAGAUGACCUGAACAGUUACUUCGCCAAUCCAAGCGAGAUCGGAGGCAGCAACGGUUACAUGCCAGAUAUAGCUUCCUCGGCUCAAGAGGACGACGAUUUCGUCAACGGGGCUCAGGUCGCCGGCAAGAUGGGCAGCACUGACUCGCUGCAGCGGGUGGCGAGCCUGGAGCACCUCCAGAAGAGGAUGUGCGGAGGCCCGGCUUCAUCGGGGUCGACCUCCUAGGUUCCUACUCCAUCGGAUAUGAUAAAGGCCCUGAUGCAGUGAUGCCCACGGCAAAGAAUAUGAUAAAUUAACAGUUUCACAUACUUUGUAGUGGACAUUGCUAAUGCUGCGAUGCGCAUUCGUUCGUUGUGGACUUACGGGUCUACUGCUAUUGAUUUAUUGUUCGUUCUCCAUGUGGA